AUGCGUCUGGUAUCUCUCAUCACUGUUCUGGGCGCUGCGCUCAUCCCUGCAGCUAGCGCCCGUCCUGCGAACUGUCGUCCUCAAAGACCGACAACUACUUCCGGGGUUUCUACUUCGAUCACAACUUCUGUCGUUGGUGCCGAGACCUCAAGCACAGAUGCCGCUUCCGCCACUCUCACUACCUCUUCCGAAGCGCCCAAUGUGAUUGAGACCACAGAAACCGAAUCUUUAACUGCUACUUCUGAUAUGACACGCGCUGUGAGCGAAUCUAGCAGCGUUACCACCGCAGUGGAGACGACGAUCACUGAGUCUGAAACCACCACCCUGAUCACAACUGCCACCACCACAACUGAAACAAGCCCUACUGAGGUAUCUACAACCGAGUCAACAAGUCCAGAUCAGACAUCUUCUGCUGUAAUAACUACUAUUGCGGUAACAACCUUCGAAACAACAACUUCUGAUACGACCACUAGUUCUGGGAUGACUACUGGUGAGCAAACGACUGUUCAAACAACCACUGCUGAAACGACUGCUACCACUGGCACGACUUCUGCCGAAACGAUUACAACGAAGCAAACUACAGGCCUUACUACAAGUUCCGAAACCACAACUGCUGCCGAGUCUACCACUACGACUGAGAUACCAACAACCACCACGGCAGCUCCUGAACCAACUAAAGCUCUCCAAAAUGGCGGCUUCGAAGAUGCGAUGGAUAACGCCUGGACAUUCCAGAGCGGAGAGAUCACCACCGACCCUAGUCUUGCUCACUCCGGCUCCAACUUUGCAAAAAUCGACAUCCGGAACGAGCAAGCUGGAGGCCAACAACACAUCGAACAGAUUACCAGCUCAAGCAAUACGAAGCAGUACACCCUCAGCUUCUACGCUACCUUCCUCUCUACUCCGAAUAUGGAGCUCGGUAACGGGUGCUACGUUUACGCUCUCCAGGACAGUUCGUCCAUCAACGCGCCGACUUUCUAUUUGAACGUUGACACGCUCAAUUCAUACCAGCAUUUCACAUAUACCUUCACCCCAUACAAUAACAACUUCUUGCUCUCGCUGAGAGUUAGAUGUAGCAGGGGCAUGGCCACUACCUUUUCUGUCGCCAUUGAUGACGUUUCUAUCGUCGAGGUUGUUUAG